AUGCCUACAAGUGAUAUUGAAGAGCAACGUCGAAGUCGUGAUUUUCGGGAGUCUCAUGGCUCAAGCUCGUCUUCUAGGCGUCCUAAAAGGAAGCAUUAUGAAGGUCAAGAAAAGAGAAAAAGUCCUGGACGAAAUUAUGAAAGAGAACUUGUUGUCAAUCUUAGUUUAUUUAACACUAGGUCAAAAGAACGAAGAUCACGUGACGAGAAAAGAAGUAAAAUGGAUGACGAGAAAAGAAGUAGAAUGGAUGACGAGAAUGUCAAAGAAAAUGUUCUCGAUAAAGAAAAUCGUAAGCAUAACCUUGUUAAGGGUUCUGAUGAACAAGAGAAAAAAGAUGUUACCACCAAGAAGAAGGAAAAAACAGAUUCAAUUUUCACAAGAGCAGGAGGUGCUUAUAUACCUCCUGCUAAACUAAAAAUGUUACAAGAACAGAUUGAAGAUAAAAGCAGUGCUGAGUAUCAAAGAAUCAGUUGGGAGGCUUUGAAAAAGAGUAUUAAUGGUCUCAUCAAUAAGGUUAACACAUCUAAUCUUGGAAACAUUGUUCGUGAACUGUUCCAAGAAAACAUAGUUCGUGGCAGAGGUUUGCUUGCCCAAUCUAUUAUCAAAGCUCAGUCAAGUUCUCCUACUUUUACUCAUGUUUAUGCGGCUCUUGUGUCAGUCAUAAAUACCAAGGCAAUUUGCUUAUCUGCAACAAGAUUUAUAGCUCAUUUGGUGAACCAACAAGUUGCUCAUGAAAUUUUGGCUUUAGAAAUUCUUACUUUGCUUCUUCAAUCACCCACAGAUGACAGCGUGGAACUGUCUAUUGCAUUUCUUAAAGAAUGUGGUAUGAAACUCACUGAUGUUUCUCCUCGUGGUAUCAAUGUUAAGGAUCAUCCAGCAGUUAUUGAAGAACUUGAUGUUGUUGAUGAAUCUGAUCAAAUUACUCAUUUAUUACGACUUGAAGAGGCAGGAAAAACGGAAGACAUACUUAAUAUAUUUAAGUUUGAUCCAGACUACUUAGCUAAUGAGGAGAAAUACAAACAAAUCAAGAAAGAAUUACUUGGUGAAGGUGAUGAUGAUGAUGAUGAUGAAUCAGAUAAUGGUGAUUCUGAAAGUGGUGAUGAAGACAGUGAUGAUGUUGAAGAAGAAAGCGAGAAGAUUGAUAUUCUAGAUCAAACAGAAACCAAUCUAGUUUCAUUACGUCGAACGGUCUAUCUUACCAUUCAAUCAAGUUUAGAUUUUCAAGAGUGCGCUCAUAAAAUGAUGAAAAUGAAUAUACAACCAAGUCAAAUGGGUGAAGUAUGUAAUAUGAUUAUUGACUGCUGUGCUCAACAACGAUCGUACGAAAAAUUCUUUGGUUUACUUGGACAGAGAUUUUGUCAACUGAAGAAGGAAUAUGUGGAUGAAUUUGUACGGCUUUUCAAAGACCAAUACGAUACAAUACACAGGCUGGAGACCAACAAAUUAAGGAAUGUUGCCAAGUUUUUCAGUCAUCUUCUAUACACAGACGCCAUACCCUGGACUGUUUUGGCUGAUAUAAAUUUGAAUGAAGAAGACACGACGUCAUCGAGUCGUAUAUUCAUAAAGAUAUUGUUCCAAGAGUUAGCUGAAUACAUGGGUUUGCCAAAGCUCAAUGAAAGACUAAAAGAUCCAACUUUAGAGAUGUACUUUGAGGGCUUGUUCCCGCGAGAUAAUCCACGAAACACGCGAUUUGCCGUCAAUUUUUUCACUGCUAUAGGUCUUGGUGGGCUUACAGAUGGUCUUCGUGAACAUUUAAAAAAAGUUCCUAAAAAAACACAGCUUGUAGAUAAGUCGUCGGACUCAUCGGAUUCUAGUGACAAUAGUGAAAGCAGUUCGGAUGACUCAAGUACUGAUUCAACCAACACUGAUGAAAGCUCUUCAUCUGAUGAUCGUAGACGAACAAAAAAGAGGAGAAAGUAAAUCAAGGACAUGUCGCUGUUCGUCUUUGUUCAUUCAUAAUGAAUGACAAAUUACAUUAACACGACAUGCUUAUUGCAUCCAGUGUUGAUGGAAUGAGAUUAUUUUUGGAGGAAGAUGAAGAAAAUUGAAGCUCUGAACGAGUUAGUUGCUGAAACUCUUUUGACGUACUUACCUUUUUAAUGUAUGGCCGCUGUGCAAAAUUGUCCAGCUCAAUAUAGAAAAAACGGUACGCGGUGCGUGCAUUUGCUUGCUUUCCAAAGAUUCGUGCCCAAAAGUUGUUGAACAUCCAAUUACAUUUGUAUAAUGUUUUGAGAUAUUUACGAUUUGGUGACGAGCAAAUAUAUUUUAGACUACACGUCAUAGUAA